AUGUCUGGCUACCAACAAGGCCACUAUGAUGAUGGCUAUGGCCACCCGGCGGGCCACGGGGAUUCCUACUACCAGGAUGAACACGCCGGCCAGGGAUACUACGAUCAUCAAGGUUAUGAUGAUGGCUACUAUGACCAAGGGUAUGAAGACCCCCGCGGAUGGGAUCAAAUGAGAUCGAGUCUAUCACAGAACACAACUGACCCAGUUUCUUUUCUUUCAUUUAGCGGCCACUACGCAGCGGAUGGCGGACACCCUGCCCCUCAAGGGAACCAGGGCUACGCUGAUGGCGGAUACUAUGAAGGUGGCCAUCAGGAUGAGUACUACGGAGAUCAGUACUACGACCAAGGAGGCCAGAACCGAGGCCAUCGCGGAGACUCAGAGGAGGAUUCGGAAACUUUCAGCGACUUCACUAUGAGAUCUGAAACCGCUCGCGCGGCCGAUAUGGACUACUACGGCCGAGGUGAUGAGCGUUACAACAGCUAUGGCUACGCCGACAGCCAGUAUGGUGGUCGUAGCGGCUACGGUGGCUACCGUCCACCCUCAUCCCAGGUCUCCUACGGUGGGAACCGUUCCUCUGGAGCAUCUACCCCCGUGUAUGGCAUGGACUAUGGAAACGCGUUGCCGGCUGGCCAGCGUUCGCGAGAGCCCUAUCCGGCCUGGACUACUGAUGCUCAGAUUCCUCUCUCCAAGGAAGAGCUCGAGGACAUCUUUCUCGACCUCGUCAACAAAUUCGGUUUCCAGCGUGACAGCAUGCGUAACAUGUACGACCAUAUGAUGACUCUGCUCGACUCUCGAGCUUCUCGCAUGACCCCUAACCAGGCUCUGCUGUCGCUCCACGCCGACUACAUCGGUGGACACAACGCCAACUACCGUCGUUGGUACUUCGCGGCCCAUUUGGACCUGGAUGAUGCGGUCGGUUUCGCCAACAUGAAACUUGGUAAAGCGGACCGUAAGACCCGGAAGGCUCGCAAGGCCGCCCAGAAAGCCGCCAAGCAGAAUCCCGAGAACGAGGAGGAGACUCUAGAUGCUCUAGAAGGUGACAACAGUCUUGAGGCUGCAGAAUACCGCUGGAAAUCUCGCAUGAACCGCAUGUCUCAGCACGACCGUGCGCGUCAGAUCGCCCUGUAUCUCCUCAUUUGGGGUGAGGCCAACCAGGUUCGAUUCUUGCCUGAGUGCAUUUGCUUCAUCUUCAAGUGUGCCGACGACUACUACUCCUCACCCGAGUGCCAAAACAAAGUUGAGCCUGUUGAAGAGUUCACCUACCUAAACGAUAUCAUCACACCCCUCUACCAAUACUGCCGUGAUCAAGGUUAUGAGAUCGUGGAUGGCAAGUAUGUGAGACGUGAACGCGAUCACAACCAAGUCAUCGGUUAUGAUGACAUGAACCAGCUGUUCUGGUACCCCGAGGGUAUUGAACGCAUCCAUUUCGAAGACAAGACCCGUCUGGUGGAUAUCCCUCCUGCGGAACGUUGGCCCAAACUGAAAGAUGUCCUCUGGAAUAAGGCCUUCUUCAAGACCUACAAGGAGGUUCGCUCCUGGUUCCACAUGGUCACCAACUUCAACCGUAUCUGGGUCAUUCAUUUGUGCUCCUUCUGGUUCUUCACCGCUUACAACUCCCCCUCUCUGUAUGUCGGUAGAUACCAACAGCAGGUUGACAACAAGCCGCCUCCCUACAAGUACCUGGCUGCUGUUGGUUUUGGCGGCGCUCUUGCGGCGUUCAUCCAGAUCUUCGCUACCAUCUGUGAAUGGCUAUACGUACCUCGUCGUUGGGCUGGUGCUCAGCAUCUCCGCAAGCGCUUCAUGUUCCUGCUCGCGGUCUUCGUCGUCAACCUAGUCCCUGGUGUCAUCAUUUUCGGCUUCCUUAAGCAGUUCCUGAAAAAAUGCACCAUCUUCUUUGCUAUCAUGCCCCUCGGUGCGAUGUUCGGAAAUUACAUGAAGAAGCACGGCCGACAGUAUGUCGCCAGUCAGACCUUCACUGCCAGUUUCCCUCGACUGCACGGCAAUGAUAUGUGGAUGUCGUUUGGUCUCUGGGUUUGUGUAUUUGGCGCUAAGCUGGCCGAGUCUUAUUUCUUCUUGACUUUGUCCUUCAAGGAUCCCAUUCGUAUCUUGUCUCCGAUGCAUAUCCGCCAGUGUACUGGUGUCGUCUGGAUCGGUAACACGCUUUGCCACAAGCAGCCUCAGAUCCUCCUGGGUCUGAUGUUCUUUAUGGAUCUCACCCUGUUCUUCCUCGACAGCUACCUCUGGUACAUUAUCUGCAACACCAUCUUCUCGGUGGCCCGUUCUUUCUACCUCGGUGUCUCGAUCUGGUCUCCCUGGCGAAACAUCUUCUCCCGCCUUCCGAAGCGUAUCUACUCCAAAGUCCUGGCUACCACCGACAUGGAAAUCAAGUACAAGCCGAAGGUUCUGAUCUCUCAGGUGUGGAACGCCAUUAUUAUCUCGAUGUAUCGCGAGCACCUGUUGGCCAUCGACCACGUCCAGAAGCUUCUUUACCAUCAGGUGCCGUCCGAGCAAGAGGGAAAGCGUACCCUGCGUGCCCCGACGUUCUUUGUUUCUCAGGAGGAUCAAUCCUUCAAGACCGAGUUCUUCCCUGCUGGAAGCGAGGCUGAACGACGUAUCUCUUUCUUCGCUCAGUCUCUGUCUACUCCCAUGCCCGAGCCCCUGCCCGUCGACAACAUGCCUACUUUCAGUGUCCUGAUUCCUCACUACAGUGAGAAGAUUCUUCUCUCUCUCCGUGAGAUCAUCCGUGAAGAUGAGCCGUACUCUCGUUGGGAUUGCUUCGUCAAGGACACCAAGAUCUUGGCCGAUGAAACCUCCCAAAUGAAUGGCGACUACUCGGAGAAGGGCGAAAAGGAUGCGGCCAAGAGCAAGAUUGAUGACUUACCUUUCUACUGCAUUGGUUUCAAGUCUGCCGCUCCUGAGUAUACUCUGCGUACCCGUAUUUGGGCUUCUCUCCGUUCCCAGACCCUGUACCGUACGGUAUCUGGUUUCAUGAACUACAGCCGAGCUAUCAAAUUGCUAUACCGUGUCGAGAACCCUGAAGUUGUCCAAAUGUUUGGUGGUAACUCUGAGAAGCUUGAGCGCGAGCUUGAACGCAUGGCUCGCCGCAAGUUCCGCAUCUGCGUCUCCAUGCAGCGUUAUGCCAAGUUCAACAAGGAUGAGCGUGAGAACACGGAGUUCCUCCUUCGUGCUUACCCUGACCUUCAGAUCGCCUACCUCGAUGAAGAGCCCGCUAUCGCCGAAGGCGAGGAGCCUCGUCUGUACUCCGCUCUCAUCGAUGGCCACUGCGAACUUCUCGAGAAUGGUACUCGCAAGCCUAAGUUCCGUAUCCAGCUCUCUGGUAACCCCAUUCUCGGUGACGGAAAGUCCGACAAUCAAAACCAUGCUAUCAUCUUCUACCGUGGUGAAUACAUCCAGUUGAUUGAUGCCAACCAGGACAACUACUUGGAAGAGUGCCUUAAGAUUCGCAGUGUCCUCUCAGAGUUCGAGGAGCUGACCACCGACAACGUUUCCCCCUACACCCCUGGUAUUCCUUCUCCUGACAGCCACCCCGUCGCCAUUCUCGGUGCUCGUGAAUACAUUUUCUCCGAGAGCAUUGGUGUUCUUGGUGAUGUUGCCGCUUCCAAGGAACAAACUUUCGGUACCCUGUUCGCCCGUACCCUCGCUCAAAUCGGUGGUAAGCUGCAUUAUGGUCAUCCCGAUUUCCUGAACGCUACCUUCAUGUGUACGCGUGGUGGUGUGUCGAAGGCGCAAAAGGGUCUUCACCUGAACGAGGAUAUUUACGCCGGUAUGAACGCUAUCCUGCGUGGUGGUCGUAUCAAGCACUGCGAGUACUUCCAGUGUGGUAAGGGCCGUGAUCUGGGUUUCGGUUCCAUUCUUAACUUCACAACCAAGAUUGGUACUGGUAUGGGUGAGCAGAUGCUGUCUCGCGAAUACUACUACCUGGGUACCCAACUGCCUCUUGAUCGCUUCCUCUCGUUCUACUAUGCCCAUCCCGGUUUCCACUUGAACAAUAUGUUCAUCAUGUUGUCUGUGCAAAUGUUUAUGCUUGUUCUGAUCAACUUGGGUGCUCUGAAGCACGAGACCAUCACCUGCCGAUACAACUCGGACCUGCCCAUCACCGAUCCCCUUCGUCCUACUUACUGCGCUGACCUUCAGCCAAUCAUCAACUGGGUCAAUCGUUGCGUUAUCUCAAUUUUCAUCGUGUUCUUCAUCUCCUUCGUGCCUCUUGCCGUUCAGGAAUUGACUGAACGUGGUGUCUGGCGCAUGGCUACCCGUCUGGCCAAGCACUUCGGCUCCUUCUCCUUCAUGUUCGAGGUCUUCGUUUGUCAGAUCUACUCCAACGCUGUUCACCAGAAUUUGUCCUUCGGUGGUGCCCGUUACAUUGGUACCGGUCGUGGUUUCGCCACCGCCCGCAUCCCAUUCGGUGUUCUAUACUCCCGUUUCGCCGGUCCCUCGAUCUACACUGGUUCUCGUCUCCUUCUGAUGUUGCUGUUCUCCACGUCGACCGUGUGGACGCCUGCCCUCAUCUGGUUCUGGGUUUCACUGCUGGCCAUGAUCAUCUCGCCCUUCCUGUUCAACCCUCACCAGUUCGCGUGGAACGAUUUCUUCAUUGAUUAUCGUGACUACAUCCGUUGGCUCUCGCGUGGUAACUCCCGCUCUCACGCCUCGUCCUGGAUUGGCUUCUGCCGUCUGUCCCGUACCCGUAUCACCGGUUACAAGCGAAAGGUCCUUGGUGUUCCCUCGGAGAAGGGAUCAGGCGACAUUCCCAGAGCUCGUAUCACGAACAUCUUCUUCAGCGAGAUUGUCUCUCCUCUCGUUGUUCUUGCCGCCACCCUUGUGCCAUAUCUCUAUAUCAACUCGCGCACCAUGUUCAGUGACAACAAUAAGUAUGCCCCGAACGCCAUCGCCCGAAUUGUCAUCGUCGCUCUCGCACCCGUUGGCAUCAAUGCUGGCGUUGCUGGAGUCUUUUUCGGUAUGGCGUGCUGCAUGGGCCCUCUCCUCAGCAUGUGCUGUAAGAAAUUCGGUGCCGUUCUUGCCGCUAUUGCCCAUGCUAUCGCGGUAAUUGUUCUCCUCAUCUUCUUCGUCGUGCUCUUCCUUCUGGAGGCUUUCAACUGGGCCCGAACUGUCUCUGGCCUCAUUGCCAUGAUGGCCAUCCAACGAUUCCUUUACAAGUUCAUCAUUGCGCUUGCCUUGACCAGAGAAUUCAAGCAUGACCAGUCCAAUAUCGCUUGGUGGACCGGUAAAUGGUACAACAUGGGCUGGCACUCCCUCUCCCAACCCGGCCGUGAAUUCCUCUGCAAAAUUACUGAGCUGGGAUACUUCGCCGCCGACUUCGUGCUCGGCCACAUCAUCCUGUUCUUCAUGCUGCCAGUCCUCGCCAUCCCAUAUGUGGACAAGUUCCACUCCGUCAUCCUGUUCUGGCUGCGCCCUAGUCGUCAAAUCCGUCCACCCAUCUACUCCCUCAAGCAGUCCAAGCUCCGGAAGAGACGUGUCAUCCGUUUCGCCAUUCUCUACUUUGUCAUGCUGGUCAUCUUUAUCGUCCUCAUUGCAGGCCCCUUGGUUGUCAAGAGAAUGGGUUACAACAGCAAGAUCAGCGAGGCGCUGUGGGAUACUAUCGGCCUCAAGGACGCGAGCAAGAGCCCCACCAUGUUCCUUCUCCAGCCCAUCGACAGCGGUCUUAACGACACUGAGACCUACUACACUGGUACCAGCUUGCCUGGCAAGCCCGCUGAAUCUUCAAUUGCCAACCCCACUACCUCUGGUUCCUACGUUCCAUACAAGUUGAUCUAA